UUCACUGACAUUAGAAGACAGGCCAAAGCUCAAGCAGGUUGGAUCCAGACCGUCCCUGUGGGAACACCUGCUUCCAUCUGCCCCUGAGAGGGGCUUGUUGACCACAAAUACCUGCAAGGUCUGGCACAUGGAAGACAACACACCGAGACGAAGAGAGUCUAUCUCUCUCACAUCAGUGGCCAAUGGUUUGGAGAACAUGGGGGCUGAGCUGUUGGAAAGCCUGGAGGAAGGCCGGCAUCCUGGCAGUGACUCAAGCCCCCGAGAAGUCGGGGACAGCUGGAGCAGGCCUGGCCCGGAGCCCUCCUCAGGAUGGAGGAGCCUGCAGCCAGUCCUGAGAGUGAGCCGCUUCUGCAGGGAGCACACACAGCUGUUUCGGUGGAUCUGCGUAGGCCUGCUCUGCACUGCAUUUGCUGCCUUCCUGCUAGCUGCCUGCAUCCUGGAUUUCCAGAGGGCCCUGGCACUGUUUGUCCUCACUUGUGUGGUCCUCGUCUUCCUGGCCCACAGCCUGCUUCAGAGGCUGCUAGGGCCAAAGCUGCUGAGGUGUGUCAAGCCUCUGGGGCAUCCCCGACUGAAGCUCUGGUUUAAGAGGGGUCUAGCCCUUGCUGCUUUCCUGGGCCUGAUCCUGUGGCUGGCUCUGGACACCUCUCAGCGGCCUGAGCAGCUAGUGUCCUUUGGAGGAAUCUGCGUGUUCAUCCUCCUCCUCUUUGCCUUCUCAAAGCAUCACCGUGCAGUGUCCUGGCGAGCUGUGUCCUGGGGUCUUGGGCUACAGUUUGCACUUGGACUCUUCGUCAUCAGAACAGAACCGGGAUUUAUUGCAUUUCAGUGGCUGGGCGACCAGAUCCAGAUCUUCCUGAGCUACACUGAAGCAGGCUCCAGCUUCGUGUUUGGGGAGGCUCUGAUCAAGGAAGUCUUUGCCUUUCAGGUUUUGCCCAUCAUUGUUUUCUUUAGCUGUGCCAUGUCAGUUCUCUACUACGUGGGCCUCAUGCAGUGGGUGAUCCUGAAGAUCUCCUGGCUGAUGCAGGCUACCAUGGGCACCACGGCCACGGAGACCCUGAGUGUGGCUGGAAACAUCUUUGUGAGCCAGACCGAAGCUCCUCUACUGAUCCGGCCCUACUUGGCAGACAUGACACUCUCUGAAAUCCACGUUGUCAUGACCGGAGGCUACGCCACCAUUGCCGGCAGCCUGCUGGGCGCCUACAUCUCCUUUGGGAUCGACGCGGCCUCCUUAAUUGCUGCCUCCGUGAUGGCUGCCCCUUGUGCCUUAGCCCUCUCCAAGCUGGUCUACCCGGAGGUGGAGGAAUCCAAGUUCCGGAGUGAGGAAGGAGUGAAACUGACAUGCGGAGAAGCUCAAAACCUCUUAGAAGCAGCUAGCAGUGGGGCCGCUGUGUCCGUGAAGGUCGUGACCAACAUCGCCGCCAACCUGAUUGCCUUCCUGGCUGUGCUGGCCUUCAUCAAUGCUGCCCUCUCCUGGCUGGGAAACAUGGUGAAUGUCCAGGGGCUCAGCUUCCAGCUCAUCUGCUCCUACAUCCUGCGGCCAGUGGCCUUCUUGAUGGGUGUGGCCUGGGAGGACUGCUCGGUGGUGGCUGAGCUGCUGGGGAUGAAGCUGUUUCUGAACGAGUUUGUGGCCUACCAGGAGCUCUCUAAGUACAAGCAACGCCGCCUCGCAGGCGCCGAGGAGUGGGUCGGCUCCAGGAAGCAAUGGAUCUCCGUCAGAGCAGAAACCCUCACGACGUUUGCCCUCUGCGGAUUUGCCAACUUCAGCUCCAUUGGGAUCAUGCUGGGAGGCCUGACCUCCAUGGCCCCCCAGCGGAAGAGCCACUUCUCCCAGAUCGUGCUCCGGGCGCUCAUCACGGGAGCCUGUGUGUCUCUGGUGAAUGCCUGCGUGGCAGGGAUUCUCUACAUGCCCAGAGGGGCUGAGGUCAACUGCAUGUCCCUCCUGAACACGACCCUCAGCAGCAGCAGCUUUGAGGUGUACCAGUGCUGCCGCCAGGUCUUCCAGAGCACCAGCCCGGAAUUCAGCCUAGAGGCCCUGGACAACUGCUGUCGAUUUUAUAAUCAUACGAUGUGUGCGUAGCCGGGACAGAACACCUUUGUGCCUUCUGGAGGCUAUUCUUCCCGAGGAAGCAGCUGUCUCUAUCUUUCUCUCUCCAGGCACCACCCUGCCUUGGGGCAGCCACAGGGCUUAGACCCACCGCAGCCACAAAUUGGGAAGGGUGAUGGGGUGAGUGGGCAGAUUGAGUGGAUAAGUAAAAGAGGGAUGCCUCCACGCCUCACCCCCUUUCUGCUUUCCCACUUCCUACCUCCCCAAAUGUGAACUCACAGGGUCACCUCUGCCUCCUCUCUCCUCUGUACAUCCAAACAGCGCCCUGCUCUUCUCUAGUCCCCCUCCCCCCUGUGUCUCCCCCAUUUGUCCUUCCCUUCUGCUCCGGCGCCCUCAGCCCUGGCAUUUCAGCUGCCUCUUUCCCUCCUCUCUGGGCGCUGGAAUCUCGCUGGGGUUUAACCCGCACCACACAGCUUCUCCUGGAGACCCCUGCCUCCACUUUCAAAGACUCCCCCACUGCCUUCCCCCGUGGCACGUCCCAAAUUGGUGUUCUGUGGAACACUGUCUCACAAGGUAUGCAGAAGUUUCCAUGAUCCGCUGGGUUUGGGAAACACUAAGUUAAAUAAAG